AACGCCUGGUCCUUCCAUUACGAUGUCGUCCCGACUGGGCAAGGAUGCCAUCCAACUGCCACAACAGCAACCCCACCUCCUUUUGUGUUCUGUCUGUCCUUCCUGAUAAACGUCUGCCCUCUCUAUGCCCUACUCAUUGCCAUCUUUGUUAUGUAACCAGGUUGCCGUUAUUGCUGUAAUAUCAUAAUUCUGCUCCUCUCCUUAUGACUCCAGCUCACUUGUUCAAUCUCCUUGUAACGCGUUAGUCGUUUUACUUUUGGCUGAGAGUUUACCUUCCAUUUUUGCACAGCUGUUUGUUCCUCCAUGUUGAGUUCUAAACCAGGCCCGUCCUGAACUCCCAGCCCACCAUUCCCUAGCUUGUCUUGCACUGCCACACUAUGACUUGAAUGUUUUUGUAACAAAUCUUAUUUUCUUCUGCAGUGAGACACGUGGCUUCCAGUAUCCCCCCAGAUGGCGGAAUUGUGGGCAACACCUCGGCGUUGAUAGUUUCGGCCUUUUACGACGACCGCCUCGUCCUCCUCGGUCCUCCUGUGGUUCGCAUCAUUGGGAUUGUCAACCAGAGUCUCCACGAAUCACAACGGGAAGAAUUCUUCUGUCAGUUAGAAUGUGGGAGUGGGACCUUCUCUGUUCAAGCUUGGAUGGAACCUCAUGAGGACACCUUUAGCUCUGGAUACGGGGUAGUGGACCUGCUCUGUGAGGACCCGUGUGGAGCGGGCCCUCCGAUGAGAGUUACACUGAGUUCAGAUACAAACGGGAUGUCUUCAGCCCUCCAUGUUCUCAACACCAAUGAAAAAAGACCCCCCAGACCACAGUGGAACUUCACUGUAUGUGUCGCUGAAAUCCUGGGCAAUGAGAACAAUGUCCUACAGCUCGUCCAGACCCUAGAGAUGUACAGACUCCUGGGAGCUGCAAAGAUAAUCCUGUAUAAUGUGGACUGCUCUGAUGAGGUAGGGGAUGUUCUCGAGCUCUAUGCUGCACAAGGCUUCGUGGAAGUAAUGGACUGGGCGAAGGUUUUUGAUUCUAUAGCAUCCUUCACGGACAAAGCCAGGACACGAUACCUUGCAAAGACCCUGGCCCAGCAUGACUGCCUCUAUAGGAGUAUGUUUUUCAGCACCUAUGUGGUCUUUAAUGACCUGGAGGACAUCAUUCUGCCUUAUAGAAACCACACAUGGGCUGAUAUGAUUGCCUCCCUCAACAAGGGGGAUGUCUUCCUUUUUAAAAGCCAUGUUUUCCCCAAUAGUGAAUUCAGAGACCGCUUUCAUGUUGAGGAAUGGGCCGCCAUCCCUGGAGUCAGCCUUCUGCAUCACAUCUACUGGGAGGAGGGCCUGGCCGAUGGAGAUGAUCUCAAGAUGAUGGUAAACCCCAGAACCGUCACCCGCACCUCGACCCGCUCCAUUUUAAACUUAAAAGGACAAGUGGUGGAGGUGCCGGGCGAGCUGGCUCUGGUGCACCGCUGCCAGAGGGUCCCAUUGAACAGGAGGGGUCUGGUCAGCCAGCCAAGGAUCCUGAACUUCAGUGCUUCUCUCGUGAGAAGUGUAAACGCCACGCUGAAGAGACGGUGUGAAGAGAGAGGCCCACUCCCCCACGUCCAGGAUCCCCCCGAGUUCAGGCGUGUCGAGGACAUCAGAGCCUACGUGAUUUCCGCCUAUUUUGACGACAGACCCCUCGUUGGCAGCACUCCUGUGCUUCGAAUUCUUGCAGUUGUGAAUCGGUCCGAUUUCGAAUCGCAGCAGUUGACGCUCCAUUGCCACGUGGAGUGUGAGAGCCAGGCGUGGUUGUCCAGUGAAGUCCACGUUGAGGUCCAUCAGGAUCAUUUUCAAUUUCCCUACGGCUUGGCCGACCUGCUCUGCAAGAACCCAUGCGGCAUGCUUUCUGUGAGCAAUUUGAGAAUCAGUAAGCAUCCUGACGUGGGCUCACCUGGCAUCGCCCUAAAGCUUCUCAACACGAGAGAGUCGAGACCACCGAAGCCCGUGCGUCAGUUCACUGUCUGCCUUUCCACCAUGUUUAGGUACAACAACGUCCUCCAGUUCCUUCAGUCCAUGGAGAUGUACCGCUUGCUGGGAGCUGAAAAUGUCUUCAUCUACAAAACCAGCUGCUCGGACGAAGUGCAGGGGCUGCUGGACUUCUACUCCAGAGAGGGCUUUGCCGUCGUCUUCAACUGGACUGUGGAUUCGUACCUUAAUGAAUCGGCCAGCUGGCAGCCACGGCCUGGAGAAGAGCUGCACUACCAUGGACAGACGGCCGCCCUUAAUGACUGUCUUUACAGGAACAUGUACGCCAGCGAGUACGUGGUGUUUAUCGACUCUGACGAGAUCAUCAUGCCCAGCAGACAUGGCACCUGGGCAGAGAUGAUAGACUUCCUCAGCCUGAUCCACCACCCAUGGACAGUUUUCUCCUUUCAGAACCAUCUCUUUCCCAGCAAUAGGCACAGCCAGCCCUUUGAAGUUGAGGAGUGGGACGACCUUUUGGGGGUCAACAUCCUGAACCAUGUCUACCGGGAGAAAGAGCAGCAGACGUUUGACCCAAAGAAGAUCAUAGUGACGCCCCAGGCUUGUGUCAAGGUCUCUGUUCAUGCAGUGAUUGAGCCUUGGAUUCAGGGAAUUGUGGUGGACACCGAGGUCGGCUUCCUGCACCACUGUCGGGGGUCACACCUAGCCCCCUCGCACCACAAGGACGGCAGGCUGCUGCAUUACAAAGAUGAACUCAUAGAAAACAUCAGAAGGGUCCUGGGAGAUGUUUUCAAGGGUAGGAAACUGGAGUGGGAGGGGGGCAUCUGUAAGCAUUUCUAG